ACGGCAUGUGAUUGCUUAUCGCGUUAACACGCUCAGUCGUCCGUAUUCAUUUAUUGGUGUGAGCUGUGCAAUUAGCUAGCGCUAACUGCUGUGAUGGACUAUGAAUGAAUUGUGAACUUAAUGUUAAUUGAUGCGAAAAACAGUUGUUCUGGCUCUAUCGAGAUGACGAGGUCCACGUAUAGACCGCUCGUGCCAAGAACCUCCAACAAUUCUUUGCAGAACAGACAUAUGGGGACGACGUCACCUCCCGGCGAGCCGUUAGUAAGGGCCCCGGUGGGUAAACCACGAUAUCCACCAGCGAUCUCGCGGUUACGAGUCGAGAAAGUGGAGGGCGGACUGGCCGUGGCGGGCGUGGUGGUCGCCGCCAACUGCCAGAUCAUUCUACCAAUAUUCGGAUUCCUGUUUAUGCUCGUCGGAUGCGUUCUAACUGCUGCCUCGUAUCGCGGUUGCGGUGAGAAUGAAGAACCGGAUCAUUACGCGGCCCGCAUCGCGUUCACUGGCAACUCCCGCGUGCUGGGACCAGUCUGCAUCGUUGCCGGCGCAUUAAUGACCCUUGCAGGCAUUGUGUUAUGUAUGCUCAUGCGCGCUGCGCAGCGGCGGCAGCGCAGGCUCGCCUUCCACUGCCCCAUCCACGGUGACUUCUAUCCCCUCAGUCCACAGAACAGUAGAAAAUACUCUCGCAGUCCGUCAGGCGCGUGGCGCUGGGUAGUGGGCUGGCUGGGCAUGGCCGAGGAGGGCGAGGCGCCGCGCUGCCCGCGCUCCGCCGAGCCAGCCUCACCCGCGCGCGCCGACGCGCCUUGCCCGCCGCCGCUGCCCUUCCUAGUGCCAUCUGAUUCCGUUGUAGGAAUGGCUUCCGUGCUGGGGGCACCGCUUAGCCCAGAGCAAACGUUUGGAUCCAUUAAAUCUCUAGCGAUAUCUAGGGAAGUGGCGAGCUUCCCGCUAUCACGUUCACCGACCCCGCCUCCGCUCAGCUGUCCGCCAUUCAAAGAAGAUUCGAAAUGCGCUGAAAACAACAUCCCGAACGCUAUAUCACGUCCAGACUUCGACUGCGGAACACCAUCUUGCAAUUACAGAGUGGUAGAGUGUAAAAUAACUAGUACGGACGAGACAUCUCGAAUUACGUCCAAUGCCGAACCAUACGUACACAAAGUCCAAGAUAAACAAGUAGUGACACCAGUGACACCGAACACAAUUUCUAUCACAAUACCAGACGAAGGAAAAGGUUAAUUUCGCCGAUAAGUGAUAUGUAAGACUAUGUAGAAGAAUAAUAUUGAAAGAAAGUGAUCGUUGCGCUGUUUUGUGAAAAAACCGAAGAAUGUGAUCGAACACGUUGAAUAUUUCUGUCAUGUAAUAAUACUAUACAUAAAUCGAAACCUUAAUUCACAUAUAAAAAGGCGCUUCAAAUUUUUUUAAAUAUCUGCUCAAACAAUCACAUUCGUCUUCCGCUGGCGCUCACUUAUUCGAACACCCGACAAAAUUAAAAGUAGAAUUUAGUUAGUUUAGUUAAUGAAAUGUUGCUUUUCAUUUUCAUGAAGCGUGACUUCAGUUAUAUAUAAGGUGCAAUAAAUUUAUGAUAGGAAUAUCGUCGUUUUUUUUUAAAUAUUGGCAAUAAAUUGCACCAAAUAUUGUGUGCGUGAUCGUUGAAAUGUUAGAUUUUAGUAAAAAAAUGUAUUAGCGUAUUCUGUGACUAUUGUUUGAAAAGCAUUUUGUUUCAUGGACUUUCAUUUUGUCAAUGUAAAGCGCAUUAUACAUUCUAGUCGUUUUGGUCUAUAGCAAAUUGAUAAUUUGAUAUCUAUUAUUAUAACUCAUGUUUAUGCGUGGUAGAAAAGUAUAAUAUUGGCUCAGUAGGAUAAUCGUUCCUCAUUAUAUUAAUAUACUAUCUAUUUUAAGAAAUUGUCCAUUACAAUCAUUUCUAUGUUAAGUAUUUUAAUUACGCAUUAGAGCAGUGUUUCUUAGACCUGUCUGCGGACCCCUCUGGGAAUUUCAUCCAUGGAUUACCUAAUAAUUAUUUAUAUAUAGUAUAAAAUAACCUACACAACAUAUUUUAAUGUCGUUUUUGUGAAUAUACAGUAAUUCAAAACGAAAGUUUAUGUGUAGCAGUAAUAAAUAAAUGCCAUUAUGGGCCCACACUUCGAAUAAUUUAGGUUCAAUUAUUACAAUUUAGGGACAAAGUGGAUUCUUUAAGCAUUUUUCAUUAAGAAUAUUUUGUUUGUUCAGUUGUUUUUUUUUAUCAACUAAAAUUUUUGGGGUCCAUGGAUUUAAAAAAAAAAGAUACACUGCAUUAGAGUAUUCUAGAUAUAGUUCCGAGAUGUGAUAUUUUUCUUUAUUUUAACAUUGUUGACUUGUACAAUAUUCAUUUCGUAGUUAUUCAAAAUUCAGUCCAAGAUAAUGUCGCACCCGCCACAAUCGUAUCCAAAUGAGGCACAUUAGCCUAUUUAACUUAAAUCUGAUGUAAGCAAAAAUAAACAGGGCAAAAAGAUUACAUACCUACCCUAGUUUUAAUAAACCCCUAACAUAUCAUUAGCGUUCCACUUGCGACUAAUUGUUGGGGGGCAGAUAUAUUGGAUUGAAAAGAUAUCGUGAGCAAAAUUGAAAUCUUCUUCCAUGACUAUACUUAACGUUUUUAUCAUUUUAUAUCCGUAUUAUAUAAAAGUUCUAAGUAACACAUACUUUACAAAAAUACCUGUCUUCGAUUGAUUUUGUAUUCUACCUUAAAUACAAGAAUUUUGAUAGUUUUAAAUAAGCAUUAGCUUAUCAGUGCUAGGCCUCAGUCAUCUGAAUCCUCUAAAGUUAUUAAAUUCUAUGAUUGUAUACACUGGAUUUCAUAUCUACUCAAAAUAUCCUAACUUCAUUUGUCACCUGUUUAUCGUUUGAUGGACGAGCCAAAAGAAAUUGCCAAAAUAUCGUAUUGAUUACAUCCAUUGGUUUUAAAUUUCAUUUGCAUAAUACUUACUUUCUAUUUUGAGCUCAGAAAAGACAAUCUAGUAAGCGAAGAGUAGGCAAUGUUGUUUAUAGUUCACGUUUAUUAAGAAUAUGCGUAAGGUACCUACUAUAAAUAUAGGAAUUACAUUAUCAAUUUAUAAGUUUUGUGAUGAAGGCAUUUAUUGGCCAAGUAGGUAUUUGAAAUUGUAAGGAAUGUAAUUUAUUAUAAUCUAUAGUUAAGUGCCACGCCUAAAAUAAUCUAUAGUAAAUAAUUAUAUACAUAAUUAGAUUUAAGCUUAUUUAAUACUGUUAUAGUUUUAAGAAAAUCAAAAUACAAAUUUGAGA